GACCAAACACGGAACUCAAGGGGGACGUCUAAAAGUCUUUCUCCCGUUUAUCGAUAAAGCCCUCGCUCUCUGCUAACUAGCUCCUUCGAGUUACACACAUAUCGACUGGACGACGGCUCUUGAGGCCCGAAGCGUGUAGUUUCGCUCUGGCGGUCUUAUAAGAGAGCUCAGCCCACCCGUCUCUUGCGGAAAUACAGCGAGUGCGCCACAGAACUAAGAAGCAGGAAACGCGUUCAGUCCGAUCGCUCCUGAGCGUCUUCUCUAGAAAACCACAACAAACAAACCCAUCCGUGAAGGCGAUGGCAAGCGCACCCCCCUUGGAGUCCUCCACGCUUGUGGGACACCCUCCUCCUCCGUCCUACGAGGAGGCGCUGGGGUCAAACCCACACUAUCAGCCAAUGCCCUGUGCUCCAGCCCCUGACAUGAAGACAUCCGUGCCUCCGUAUCCAUCACAAGCCUACAGCCCCAUGUAUCCUCCACCACCAGCCCAGCAGGGUCAACCCGUCACCGGUCCUGUUGUUUCUGUGCAGACCGUGUACGUUCAGCCUGGUCUGGUGUUCGGGAGCGUCCCAGUGCAGGCCCACUGUCCCGUGUGUUCACAGAACGUGAUAACCCACCUGGUGCAUACAUCGGGAGCUUUAGCUUGGCUCUCUUGUGCAGGCCUGGCCAUUUUCGGUUGCAUCUAUGGCUGCUGCCUGAUUCCCUUCUGCGUGGACGGCCUGAAGGACGUGAUACACCACUGUCCGAACUGCAGCAGUGUUUUAGGAGUCCACAAGAGAAUCUGAAUCAGCUGCGGAACAUAGGAAUGAGUUGUGUAGCUUACCACCCUGUAUUUAUAAUUGGAAGAAGUUACAGUGAAUUCAUUCUUCAGCAAGUUAAUUCAAUAUCUAUGCCACUGGCACAUUAACAUGUAAUCAUACAUGUGUGUAUGUGAGCACGCACACGCACACACACACACACACACGCACACUAGACUGGUCUUUAUAUUAUAAACUGAUUUAACUAACAACUGAACUUUAAUCGUUUGUUUUUUAACAAUAGUAUUUAAUAUAACAACUGUGAAGGAAUCUUUGUAACAUUUGAGGUAUGCAUAUAUACAGUGCAGUUAUUCUCGGUUCUUCUUUCCGUAAUCAAAGUGAUUUAGAAAAAAAUAGAAAUAAAUAAACAUGUUCAUGCUUUUGCAUUUAAAA